UUAUUCUCGUAUAAUUUAGUAAAAAAUGACAGUAGUUCCAUCAGAUAUUAAUUUAAUAACCAACAAAUUAUCAACUAUUGAUAAAGUAAAAGAUAACGAGAUGAAUGAAAAUAUUGUAAAAGAAUCCGGAAAUGAUAAAGAAAAUAUCAUUGAAGAAAGUGGAGGAUAUAGCUUGCUUGGGAAUGAUAAUACGUAUUAUGUCCAACUUUACAACAAAUUUUGGCCUUAUCGGGCGCUUAAAAUUAUAAAUUGGUUUUUAUUGUUAUUGUUGGCUGUUGGAUCAGUUGUAACUGAAAGAAAUAGGCUUAUAUGGUCUGACACUUAUUGGGCAUCAGGCUACCGUUAUAACGAUAACAUUGAUGGUUCAUUUGCCUCAGGUCAAGUAAUUCUGGCUGUGUUUGGCUUAAUUACCUUAAUUGUCCAUUGUAUUGCCAAAAAAUUAUUUAAAGCUGCAAUGUCUUCAUUAAUGGAUAUGUGCUUCUUUAUAUUCUCCGUCCCAAUACUUAUUGUCUCCACUAUAAUGUUUUCAUCGAGAUCAAUGUCAUUAUAUCAUUGGUUACACCCUAAACUUGCAAAUUUUAAUUACACAUUUGAAGCAUAUGUUGACUUAACUGAAGCUGUAUCAUAUCCGUCUCUUUACCAUAAAAUAUAUAGACCAAUGGAGAAAGACGAAGAAGUUUUAGAAAGAAUUCAACGACAUAAGAGGGAAAUAAUUAUAAAUGUUUUGAUUAAUCCGACUUUUGUGGUAUUAACAGCAAUUACAAUCAUUCUCAAUAUUUUUCUGAUUUUUUGUCUCUACAAAAAAAUGCGUAAUGCAAAACUAUGGAAUGAUGGCGUUAAGGACUACUUGGCAUCAUUGCCAAAACGUUCUCCAAUUGAAACGAAAUAUGCUCAUCUUGGAAAAACAAAAAUGUUUCAAUGGUUUCUGCCAUUGUUUUUCUUAUUGGCACACGUCUACAUGCCAUUCUUUAGAAAAAAUAGAAUCAUUGUUAAACAAUUUUGGUCACCUACUAUUAUCUACUUCAUCCAUUGGCUUUUGUAUUAUACAACUUUACAUCUUCGUUACCCUAAAGGACAAACUGAUAAAGCCAUAAGAUUGUCAACCCUUUUCAUUACUGAUUUGAUUUUGUCCUACUUCCUUACCCUUCUAUUUGUAGUAAACGUAGCUAUGGAAGAAAACCCAUUAAUGGAUUUAUUCUUCAUGUUAGUAAUAAUAUUUUAUGGCCUUUAUUCUCUAAAGUUGUCAUUUAUAUAUUUACGUAACAAGAAAGGAUCUUUUAAUUUUAAAUUACCUACUUCAAUUAAAAUUAAUUUUCAAAUUAAUUUGAAAUCCGAUGAAGAAAAGAAUAAAGUUAUCGAAGAAAAAUUGGAAGAAGGAGACGAAAAGAAGGAAGAAAAUGAUGAGAAGAAAGAGAAGAAUGAGAAAUAG